CACACGUGUGCUUCGUGACAAUAUUUCUCGCGCGUGUUCGGGAGAUAGGGACUCGAUCGCUUGCUUGCUUCCCUCGCCCUCAGAUGCCGUCAUCGACAUUCUUCAGAAGGCUAAUAGAGCAUCCCGGGAACAGUAAUUUCUCAUUCUAGUUUAGAAAUGGAUCUGUGGAGCAUUAAAGAAGCAUUUGAUCAUGUUGCUAAGAGGCAGAAAUUAUCCACCUCCAAAUCCCAAGAAGUAAUUGAUCAAGUUCGCCAGGAAAUUGAGAAGACAUUAGCUAGAAUCCAGUCUGUUGACAAUCUCAUGUCUCCUGUUGAUAUGAAAUCCAUACUGACAGAGCUAAAACUUAAGCUUAAUAGCAUUGGUCCACUCCAACAGUUAGAAGAGUCACAGAAGGAACUGAUUACUAGCCUCACCAAGUAUCCCAAAUUUGUUGGGAAAAUUUUCCCUGAUAUCUCCAAAACAAGUAGAAAUGUUGACUUUGAUAUCCACACUGUAAAUCACAUCAUUGCAUGCCAUUUUUACCGGCAAGGCAUGUUUGAUCUUGGAGAUUGUCUGUUAAAUGAAGCAGGAGAGCCAGAGGUGACCGGAACAAGAUCUCACUUCUCAGAAAUGCAUCAAGUACUUGAAGGUUUGAGGGAUAGGAACCUUGAGCCUGCGCUUAACUGGAUUACUGCCAAUCAUGAAAUACUCAAGCAAAAUGGUUCAACCCUUGAACUAAAACUCCAUACUCUUCAGUUUGUGGAGUUUAUUCGAAAAGGAAGUAGGAUUGAUGCACUUGAUUAUGCCAGAACUUACCUUGCUCCUUUGGCCUUCCUACACAUGAAAGAUGUCCAGAAGCUUAUGGUUUGCCUCCUAUAUGUAGGAAAGCUUGAUAGCUGUCCAUAUGCUGAUCUAAUAGCUCCAACUAAUUGGCAAAAAUUUACCAAGGAGCUGACCCAGCAGUUUUGCAGUCUCAUAGGGCAGUCUAUUCGAAGCCCAUUUGCUGUAACCAUAGCAGCUGGGAUUGAAGGGUUGCCUACACUAUUGAAGCUGGCAAAUGUAAUGGCUGCAAAGAAGCACGAAUGGCAAGAAUGGCAAAAAAUGAAACAGUUGCCUGUCCCUGUGGAACUGGGAAGUGAAUUUCAGUUCCAUUCUGUAUUUGUCUGUCCAGUUAGUAGAGAUCAAGCUAGUGAAGAGAACCCACCAAUGCUGAUGCCUUGUCUACAUGUUCUCUGCAAGCAGUCUAUGAUGAAGCUAUCGAAAAGCAGCUCUCGGGAAUUCAAAUGUCCUUACUGCCCAGCUGAGGCUUCUGCUGCACAGUGCAGGCAACUCUACUUCUGAUAUUCAUUUAUAUUCCUUCUCAUGAAACAAGACCAAGUAAUCUGUUUCUAGGCUGUCAAACCAGUUUCAGUGUCUGCGCCUUGCUUCAAUCAUUUAUCAACUACAUGUGUAUAAAUAUUCUUUAUACAU